AGGGUCAGAUUCUAGAAACAUCGUUGCAAUUCAGCGCAGCCCAAAUGAGACUACGAACAUUGAAUUAUUCUUAUUCACACCCCCCCUAAACGCACAACCUAAUAAUCAGAGGCAAAAUGUCUUCAACAAUCUCUCAAACAUCAUGCAUCUCUGCGGUUCACAGCAGAUUACACCUUCGUAAUCGUAAUCAAUCACCCCUUCAAAUUCUUCGUUCCAAGGAAACAGUGUAUAUGCAGCAGCCUCAAGGAUUUGUUGAUCCUCAUUACCCAGAUCAUGUGUGUUUGCUUCGCCGUUCCCUUUACGGUCUUAAGCAGGCUCCUCGGGCCUGGUUUGAACGGCUUUGUUCGGCUCUUGGUUCGCUUGGAUUCUAUGGCUCUAAAACGGAUCCUUCACUGUUUAUAUAUUCACAUCAUGGGACACUUCUUUAUAUGCUCGUUUAUGUUGAUGACAUUAUUCUUACAGGGAACAAUGACAGGGCUAUUGAUCAGGUUGUAAAACGUCUUGGCGCCACCUUUUCUUUACAAGAUAUGGGCCCUUUGUCUUACUUUCUCGGUGUGGAGGUUGUGCGUCAGGGUUCUGAUAUUAUUUUAUCUCAACGGAAAUAUAUUCAGGAUAUACUUGCUCGUGCAAAUUUGUUGUCGGCCAAACCUGUUCACUCUCCUUGUACUACCACAUCAUCCCUGUCUCUUGGUGACAGUCCAGCCUUCUCGGAUCCGGUACGGUAUCGCCAACUUGUGGGUGCAUUACAGUAUGUCACUCUCUCUCGUCCAGACAUCUCCUUUGCUGUUAAUAAGGUUUGUCAGUUCAUGCACUCUCCCACAGAAAAUCACUGGUCUGCGGUUAAAAGGAUUUUGCGGUUUCUUCUUGGAACUAUCAAUCAUGGUUUGCUGAUCUCUCAUUCAUCACCGAUUCAUCUUCAUGCCUAUGCUGAUUCGCAUAACAGUUACAUUCAGGCUUACUCAGAUGCAGAUUGGGCUGGUUGCCCUGAUGACCGUCGAUCCACGGGGGGAUUUGCCAUCUAUCUCGGGAAUAAUCUAGUGUCUUGGUCUGCCAGAAAACAAAAGACUGUAUCGAGGUCAUCAACCGAAUCUGAAUACAAAGCUAUGGCCGAUACCGUCUCAGAGCUUGUUUGGCUUGAAACUCUUCUUCGUGAGUUACAUGUUAUAAUGAAGGCUGCUCCUACCCUUUGGUGUGAUAACUUGGGAGCUACUUAUCUUUCCAGAAAUCCAGUUUUCCAUGCUAGAACCAAACAUAUUGAAGUUGAUUAUCACACUGUUCGUGAACGUGUUGCUCGGGGUCAACUGAUGGUUAGAUUCAUAUCUACAAAGGAUCAGAUUGCAGACAUUUUCACAAAACCACUUCCGACUGAUCGAUUUGCUUUACUAAAGACCAAGCUUAAAGUCAGUUCCCGCCAUUAGCUUGAGGGGGAGUAUUAACCGAAGUCAUUAAGGCCUUGGGCCGGCCCUAGCUUAGUUAAAUGUGUUUAGGGUUUUCCUCUUCUUGUCUAUAUAUACUAGAUCUUUCAUUAUGUAAUUUCAUCACAAUAUAAUACAAAUUCAGUUUACAUUGUUUAUUAAA